AUGUUCAAGAGGGUUCUCGCCACCGCGCCGGUGCAAGCCAGCAGGGCCAUUCAGUCCGCUCGUCCAUCCACAAGCUCAUUCGUCCGCACCAUCACGCCUAUCGCUGCAUCACGACCAGUGCGACGAAGCUACCACGAGAAGGUGCUUGACCACUACAACAACCCGCGCAAUGUCGGCAGCAUGGGCAAGAACGAGAAGGACGUCGGUACCGGCCUGGUAGGAGCACCGGCUUGUGGCGACGUCAUGAAGAUCCAGAUCAAGGUCGACCCGAACAACGACACCAUCACGGAUGUCAAAUUCAAGACAUUUGGCUGCGGUUCGGCGAUCGCCAGUAGCUCGUACCUGACAGAACUGGUGAAGGGCAUGACGCUCGAGCAAGCGGGCAGGAUCAGGAACACGGAGAUUGCGAAGGAGCUUUGUCUGCCCCCUGUCAAGCUGCAUUGCUCCAUGCUCGCCGAGGACGGCAUCAAGUCCGCCAUCGCAAACUACUACAAGAAGAACCCCAAGGCCAAGGCUACCGAUCUCGGUGGCACUGGUGCGACGAUGCCUCGUAUUGAGGUUGAGUUGCCCGCUGACUCCCCGUCUGUGGCUACAGCAUAG